AUGUCGUCCACCGCGCAGCAGCAACAACAACCUUCGCCCGCCGCCGUGCGGAAGCGCAAGACCUUCUCCCCGCUCAUCCACGAAACCAUCCAAGAGCCCGUGCUGCUCCGGGAGCUCCUGGUAGACGACAUAUACCUCCUCGGCGGGCAGUUCGCCAUCCUCUGCCAGUUUGCGCACCCGGGCCUGGCCAAGGGCAGCUAUCUACACUCGAGCUUCGCCUCGCGCAUCCCGCAGCGGCUGCAGAACACGGCGCGCUUCCUCAACGCCGCCGUGUACGGCACGCCCGACGACAAGAGGGCCAUCUUCUCCGUCAUCCACUCGUACCACCGCCACGUCCAGGGCGACGGCUACGACGCCAACGACCCGGAGCUGCACAAGUGGACGGCGGCCACGCUCUUCGUCGCCCUCGUCACCGUCCAGGACGCCCUCCUCGGCGGCUUCACGCGCGACCAGAUGGAGACGCUGUACCGCGAGGCCGCCGUCUACGGCACCUCGCUGCGCAUGCCGCCCGACAUGUGGCCGCCCACGCUCGACGACUUCUGGGCCUACUGGCACCGCAACAUCGAGACGCUCGAGGUCACCGACAUGGCGCGCAAGCUGUGCCGCGACCUGCUGUACCCCGUCGACCUGCCGCUGCGCAUGCGAGCCCUGCUGCCGCUCGCGCGCGUCGUCACCGUCAACUUGCUGCCGGGGAGGCUGGCCAGGGAGUAUGACCUGGUGCCCUCCACGCUGAGCUGGCUGCAGUUCCAGGCUGUCGCGCGCACAAUGAGGCUGGCGUGGCCGUUGCUGCCGCAGAAUGUGACGGGCGCCAUGCACGCCGAGUACAUGGAGGAUUUGAAAAGGGCCGUGGACCGGAUCGAGAGGACGGGGCAUUGGGCGUACGAGUCGAGGUUGUGA